UGAUGUGUUUGGUCCCGUUCUUGCCCUGCGUGUCGCACUCAGGCCGUGUCGGGUCACACAGACACAAGGGAUUUGCAUGAUUUGCUCAGAGAGCUGCAGCGGGGCUGCUCCCACAUCCCUGCUGCGUGGGGCAGGCACCCGAAUGCCUCCCCCAGUAAAUGUCACACUCACCUACAGCCAAAGGAAUCUCCUCUCCCUAAUCUCCAUGGGCCAAAGCAUCCCCUGCCCUGCUCAGAGGGACAGCCUUGCUCUCGCUGCCCCAUCCCCAGGCACGUUGCAGCGCAGCCGGUGCUGCAGGGCUGCUCUGCGCUGUUCGGCUUCGUGUCAGUCGUGUUCCCCUGGUGCCCUUCUGCCAGCUGCCGGUGUCCAGCCCGUGCUGUGACCCCGAGGCUCCGUCCCUGCCCGGUUUGGGUGCCGCUAGGUGGGGCCCACGAUCAGCCCGAGGAGCUGCGGGUGGCCCGGUGAGCCCUGGCCUGGUGGAAAUCCUUCUUGGAGCAGCAGCAGCAGCUUGUGGAUGGCCCCUUCCUGCCUCGCGGUGCUGGGCAAAUCCCUGCUGCUCGGGAAAAAGGGGAACGGAGCUGGAAACACCAAUCCCUGGGGCUGGAGGGGCUGCUGUGGACAGGACUCAAUGCGGUGCAGCAGCAGGGGGACCUCGCCGUGGCCAGAGGGAAUGAAGGGGACACGCAGGAGCCCCGUGAGGGAUGGAGCACCCAGGGGUGCUGUGCUGGGUGCUGGCAGGGAGCGUGGGCCACCCGCAGGAGCAGGGGAGGGUUUCUGUGGGAUUUUCACCCCUCGCUGCGGAGGUCUCCGCUCUGCCCUCCAGGACGCCGUCAGGGCUCUCGUUCAGCUUCUGGAGACGUCGCAGCCCCUGCGUGCACUGCAGGUGAAAGCUGUGGAAGGAGAAUAAAAGCACAGCGGUGGCGUUCAGGCACAAACAGCGCAGCCAGCCUGAGUAAGGGUCACACAAUUUCCACCAGAAAGCUUUACACGAGCGGACCAAACGAGGUGAGGGUGGGAGCGCGCCAGGGGACGAGGUCUGGCUUGGCGUCAGCUUCACAUUCACAUCAGGGGGAACUGGCAAAGGUUUUUCUCUACUGUACUCCUUCCCCAGCUGCAUGGCAGCCGCUGACUCAGAGUUUCCUUGAGCCAGAGGCCGCCUGUCUCUGCUUUUGGUUCCUAUAAAUUUCGGGGGCUGUUUUUUCGCCACCUCCACCUUUCCGCGUGAGCGAAGCGCAGCGAGCUCGGCGCUGCCGUGUUUUGUUUUGGGAGGCGCGGGCAGCUCACCGCGUGGAAGCCCCUAAAUAAACAGCCAAAUAAACAGCCAAAAUAAACAGCAGGAGGGAAAGGCUCCGUGUUGGGUACGGGGCAGCCAGCCUGGCGAGCUGAGUGGAGGUGUGUGUGCACCAAACAGGUCGUAAACAAGUUGCGCUGCUGGUGGUGAGACGUGUCAUUUAUAAAAUUCUAGGUUUGCUUUCAGCUGCCUCGGGUUUCUCACUGGAGGAAGGUGCACCAGCAGCUCCUGCGUGGCCAUAAAGAUCCCCGAUGGAUUUUUCGUCGCGGGUUUCGUGGCUCUGCAGGCUCAGGGAACUGCUCGGCUCCCUGAGCUGGCUGCUGCGAGGUGGGGAUGGGUUCAGGGCUCCUGUGUUUGUUCUGGAACAGAGCUUCCAGAAAGCGCAGGCUGAUUCUUGUCACAGAUUUAAAAAACCCUUCAGCUUGAAAAAUGCAGCAGAAACAGUGUUAAAUAACCUGCUGUCAGAUGUGAGCCCCGUGGCAGAGGCGGCACGGGGAGCUUCGGUCGUGCCAGCUGUACCCUGCGGCCCUGCGCUGCGGGCUCGUUCGUCACGGGGACGUCAGCGCAGGUUGGGGCUUCUGUGCUUUUGUUGCCUUCCAAAAACCCGGCGUGCACAGCAAGGAGCGUUCCCACACUUUAUUUUCAGCCUCCUGACAGGCGGGCUGCAGGGCUGAGUUGUGAUUUGCGGGGCAGCGCAGGGCCUGUGGAGCUUCUCCAGUUCUCCUAAACUGCCCGGAAAAUGACAGGCUGUAAUUGCAGCGUGUGGCUCGGCUUUUUGGGGCCUUGGGAUGCAAACCCAAGAGGCGAAGUCAGGAGUAAAUUAGCUGUUCUUUUGAACUUCAAGGAAAUGUGGCCGUGGUGCGUGCAGCCUCCGGGGUUUGUGCAGUACUCCCAGCUCGGUGGGACCCCUGAAAUGGGGUUCCGUGCUCUAGGCUUGCACCAGAAGGGAAUUCUUCUUUCAACCCUAACCCCAAGGAACCCUCGAAACCUUGUUGACCUCACAGAUUGGAAGACUGACGUGGAAAUCAACGCUCGGGUGCUCAGAUGGGGGCUGCUCAGGCUCCUCCUGCCAUCAGAGGCCGGUGGGAAGUCGGUGGGAGCAGAGCAAAGCUGAAACCUGUUGCGUUCUGCGUAGCGGGGGCUCUUUUAUCACCUCUCCUCUCUUCCCAUUCCUGUGUCCAUGUUUCAGAGCGAUCCCUUCUCCAGCCCCAUGAAGGCACCGCCGUGGCUCCGGGGGCUCUGCUGGCGCACCAGAGGCGAGUGGUGCUGAGCAGCUGCACUUCUCCCCUGCCUGCCCAGCUGCAGCUGAGGCUAAAGAAGGCUGCGAGCUGCCCAGGGUGGUGAGGAUAAUGGAGCGUGUCCUAAAGCCACGGGGCUCUCUGCCUGCCAGCGUGGGAUCUGGUGUAAGCGAGGCCGAGCUGCGGGCUGGAGGACGGCCCCGUCUCCCACCAGGAAACUCUGACAGAGGAGGAGGAGGAGGAGGAGGACGGGAAGGCUCGGGUGAGGCGAGGUGAGGCUGGCAGCUGGAGUGGAAACGUUGGGUCGAAUCUCUCCGGCUUUGGUGCUCUUGGAUUCCUCGUGCUUCUCGGCACCAGCUCGGGGGCAGGCAGGGAUUGCAGCGCGUCUCGUCUGCCCCCGGUGCUGCUCGGCCGAGGGUUUUCGGCGAUGCUCCGAGAGCACCAACGGCUGAGGGCGGCUCUCACGAAAUUCGGGAGGCUCUCCUGGAGGAACAAGGUCGGCCUUGUCCUCGGGGGAGCUCCUCCGAAGCUGCGCCUUGGUUUGUGUUUGAAUCCGAGGCAGAGGCAAAGCUGCUUGAUGUCGUUUCAGUGGAAUUCGGGGGGAUUCGUUAGUUCAGGGCUGCUCGGAGGUGCAAACUAAGGGCUGGUUGUUCGCAGCGCCUUGGGACCUGAAUCUCGUCCUGAACUCCAUCUCUCCGUGCCUGCCAAAGUUUUGCUGCUACUACACAGAUGGAUGUGUUCUCAGCAGAGGCUUCCACGUGGAAGAUUUUUAAAAAGUAAAACAAAAAGCACCUCCAAGCUCGAAAUGGCGCUGCCAGGGGGAACGUUUACAAGGAAGCAGCCUGGUAAACAUGGAAAUUCGGUGAGCUGCAAAGGGAAAUUUGCAGGGUGGCAACAAUUCGCAGCCUGUGAGAGGCUCGAAGUGGUCCCAGCCACCUCGGGCUGCCUGCAGGAUCCUCGCUUUUCCAAGCAGCCUCAGGAAGCUGGGCUGGACCGAAAAAGUAACGGAACUGAUGUGAAGCUGAGGUCUGAGUCACUGACCCCGCAUCUCCGCUGGUUCUUUCAGGGCACUCAGAGCAGGCUGCAGCUGAGUGAGGUCUGCCCUUUCUGGUCACAACGAAUUUCAGAUCUCCUCCCCUCGCCUCUCCCAGCCUUUUGUGCUCUCCGUGCUAAUCCAUCCAGUGCAGCGUCAAACUGACGGAGGCAGCAGUCAGAAACCCUGCUCGGGAAGAGCCUGAGGACCAGCAGCAGGCAUGCACCUGAAAACCGCGCUCAUCCUCCUCGUCCUGGCUUUUGCCACCAUCUUCGCCCUGGUCUGCGUGCUGCUGACCAGGGGACGGGGUCCCGGCACCUGCCAGCACCAGCCCCCGGAGCCCGAGGUCCCGGAGGACGGCCGCAGCCUGGUGUUUGCGGAUCUGACGCCCGAGGAGCUGGCGCAGGUGGUGCGGUACCUGCGGGGCAGCCUCGGGGUGCCGCUGGUGGACGCCUCGCGUGCCAAACCCUCCGACAACUGCAUCGCCUCCGUGGACGUGCAGCUCCCUGCCAAGGCGGAGGUGCUGCAGUUCCUGGAUGCAGGAGGGGCUCGCCCACCCCGGGAGGCGCUGGCCGUGCUCUAUUUUGGCAACCAGGCAAACCCCAACGUCACCGAGUACGUGGUGGGGCCUCUGCCACAGCCGACAUAUCACCGAGAUGUCACGGUGCAGAAGUACCGGAGGAAGGUGCCGUACCACCGCAGACCGAUGCUGGGCAGCGAGUACGAGCAGGUGGGAGCCUUCCUGAAGGCGGUGGCGUUCGCUGCAGCCCCCACCUUCCUGCAAGAAGUGUUUGACUACGACGGCACCAACGUGGCGUUUCGGAGCACGGCUCCUCACGGGUUCAGGUCCGGGGACCGCAAGUCGUGGUUCGUCGUGUUCCAGAACGUGAGCGGCUUCUUCCUGCACCCCGUGGGGCUGGAGGUGCUGGUGGACCACGGCAGCCUGGACAUGGGCCAGUGGGCGGUCAGCAGGGUCUUCUACAACGGGCAGUACUACAGGGACAUGGCUCAGCUGGAGAGCGCCUACGUGCAGGGCCGCAUCAGCGUGGAGAAGGUGAGGAAAGUGCCCCCGGACGGGGACUUCUCGUCCAUGAGACCCCGAGCGCCCUGGGCUACGGCGUUCCCCUUGCAGUACGAGCCCCAGGGUCCCCGCUACAGCCUGAGGAAGAACCACGUGGCCUUCCAGGCGUGGAGCUUCGCCUUCGGCAUGAGCGUGCAGAGGGGCCUGCGGCUGCUGGACGUCCGCUACAAGGGGGAGAGGGUCGUGUACGAGCUGAGCGUGCAGGAGGCGCUGUCGGUGUACGGCUCCAACUGCCCCGGGGGGAUGUCGACGCGCUACAUGGACGGGAGCUUCGGCAUCGGGCGCUACAGCUCCCCGCUGCUGCGCGGGGUGGACUGCCCCUACCUGGCGAGCUACGUGGACGUGCACUACCUGGCUCAUUCCCAGGAGGUCAGGACCAUCAAGAACGCCCUCUGCGUCUUCGAGCAGAACCUGGGCUCCCCGCUGCGGCGCCACUUCUCCAACCUGCAGGCGCUCUACUACGGCGGGCUGGUCAACUCCGCGCUGGUCCUGCGGUCUAUCACAUCUCUGGGCAACCACGACUACGUGUGGGACUUCAUCUUCUACCAGAACGGGGCCAUCGAGGCCAAAGUCCAUGCUACGGGGUACCCAAGUUCUUCCUUUCUCCAUGGGGAUGGUCUGCGGUACGGCAAUAGGGUCUGGGAGCACACGCUGGGGACAAUACAAACCCAUUCCAUCAACUACAAGGUGGACUUGGAUGUUGGAGGGGUGAAGAACUCCCUGGUGGCUCAUGACAUGGCGUUCGAGAUGGCGCGGGCUCCCUGGAACCCCGAGCAGCAGAUCGAGCGGCCGCGGCUCACCAAGAGGGUCCUGGACACGGAGGACCAGGCGGCUUUCCGGCUGCAGUCCAAGAUCCCCAGAUACAUCUACUUCGCGGCCAACAGCAAAAACAAGUGGGGCCACCAGCGGGGUUACAGGAUCCAGAUCGUCAGCUUCGCAGGGGACCACGUCCCCGAAGCCAGCUCCAUGGAGAGGGCCAUCAGCUGGGCAAGGUACAAGCUGGCCGUCACCAGGAGGAAGGAGGAGGAGCCCACCAGCACCAGCAUCUACAACCAGAACGACCCCUGGACGCCCACCGUCGCCUUCGCUGACUUCAUCGACAACGAAACCAUCACCAACGAGGACCUGGUGGCCUGGAUAACUGCUGGCUUCCUCCACAUCCCGCACUCGGAGGACAUUCCCAACACCGCCACGGUGGGGAACUCAGUCGGCUUUCUCCUGCGCCCCUACAACUACUACGACCUGGACCCCUCCAUCUACUCGCACGACGGCGUCUUCUUCACUAGUGAGCAGGACUUCACGGCGUGCGAGGUCAACCCCAUCGCCUGCCUGCCCAAAACAGCCUCCUGCUCGCCCAACUUCCCCCCGUUCACCUACGACGGAUUCAAAAACAUGAGCAGGCUUUAAUGUUCCAGGAGCCGCGAGGCUGACCAACCUGUUAGGAUUUAUUUUUUUUAAGUGAAGUUUUUAUUAUUAUUUUUUUUCAUUUUCCAGUUGUAACUUCACUUUUUGUGUUGCUUUUAAUUUAGUGCUCGGCGCGAGGGGAGCGUAAUUGUCCUGGCGCGCUGCCAGGCGGCAGCCUGACUUUAUCUCCAUUAAUUGCUGAAUCCGGGUCUGUUUUGGGGAGGGUGGGAGGUAGGGGGAAGGAAGGA